AUGGCAUCAGCUCAACUUAACUCUGCUUUUGAAACCCUCUUAGCCGGGAUUUCAUUGGAUUUUCUUCCGGGCCCAACCACGUGGGCAAUGUCAAGGGGACCCUGUGAGAUAUCCAAUGUCCGCGGAAGAAUUCUCAAGGAUAUCGCUCGUUUGCACGAAAAAUACGGCGAGGUGGUUAGAGUAGGACCAGAUGCUGUCAUCUUCAACAACCCUGAUGCUUGGGGAGAAAUUUACGCACAUAAGCCAGGAAAAGGUGUGUUUCCUAAGGACCCAUUGAGACAUACCCGAGAGCUCUGGAUUCAUGGCGCGCCCGACGUUUUCACAGCGGAAGACACCGAUCACCCCCGCUUGCGCCGUUUGAUCAACCCGGCUUUCUCUAGCAAAGCUCUUCGUGAGCAAGAACCGCUGAUACAGGCAAAUGUCAAUCUUUUAAUCACGCGACUACAAGAGCAGAUGGGUUCGGACUCAACGGGGGUUGUCGAUAUGAAUGAAUGGAUCAAUUGGACAACCUUCGAUCUCAUCGGUGACCUUGCGUUUGGUGAGACGUUCGAUUGCCUAAAGACCGGUGGCUAUCAUCCUUGGGUUGCCUUGAUCUGUAGCUCAAUAAAGACAGUAUCAAUCCUGGGUUCUAUCAAACAGUGGCCUUGGAUUGAGGCAGUCUGGCAAUUUCUUAUCGGCGGCAUCAUGAUCCGGGCUAUGAGGCAAUUCCACCAACUGGUGAUUGAAAAGGUUGACCGUAGACUUUCAAGAGCCAAAGGCCGCAAUGAUUUCCUGCAGUCUAUCUUGGAUCACAAAGACACAGAAAAAUCGAUGACACAAGAUGAGCUUUAUUCUAAUGCGGCGCUCCUGGUCAUGGCAGGUACUGAGACCUCGGCGACAACACUCGCAGGAACAAUAUAUCAUCUUGCGCGAAACCAACAAGUACUCCUCCCACUGCAAGAUGAACUCCGCGCGACUUUCAAGUCUGAGGAUGAAAUGACGUUCAAAACGGUUUCGGACAUACCUAACCUUCUCGCGGCUCUGCACGAAAGUAUGCGUAUGUACCCUUCCGUCGCUGUGACAAACCCUCGCAGGGUUCCAAAAGGUGGGGCUUCAGUGAUCGGAAAGUGGCUCCCAGAGAAUACUACCGUUGGCACGUACCAAUGGGUUGUCUAUAAUUCUUCCACAAACUUCCGUGAUCCAGGAACAUUUGACCCGUCUCGCUGGCAGGGAAACCCUUACUAUGAGAAUGAUCGGAGAGAGAUCUUCAAACCCUUUUCAGUUGGUCCAAAGAGUUGUCCCCAACUACUUGUGAUGCAUGGAUGGAUGGACUUUGCUGAUUAUAGCUUGAACAGACUUGCGUAUGCUGAGAUGCAGCUGAUAUUGGUAAAGCUGAUUUGGAAGUUUGACAUUUUGCUGGCCGAUGAGAAAAACGUAUGGACAGAUCAGAAAGUUCACUGGUCAUGGAUGAGAGUCCCCUUAAUGAUUAAAUUAAAGGAGAGAAAGGGAAGUUUAUCGAAGUAG